ACUCAAACAUUAAGAGUUAUUAUUACUCACACCAUUUCAAGGGUCAAUGAAAAAUUAUUCAUUGAAAUUCAUUGCAUACAGCUCUUCCCUCCGAGUCCCUCUCCACUUAGCCAAGCCCUAAAUUUCGAUUCUUUUUCACAGCAACAAUCAUCAUCAUCAUUCCGCAGUCCACUCUGAUCGUUUUCAACUAAUGGAUAAUAAGGGCAUGAAGAAGAGAGUGAAAAGAAGAUCAUCAAUGGGCGAUAAUGACAGAAUUUCGAAACUUCCUGAUGCGGUGAUCAUUCACAUCCUGUCAUUUCUCCCAACUCAAGAUGUGGUUCGGACAUGCCUUCUUUCAAAGCGUUGGAAACUCUUUUGGUACUCAGUUCCCACAAUCUUUUUCUCAAAGACUAAUUCUGAUGGUGUUGAAAAGUUCUAUAAUUGUGUGGACAAUUACUUCGAACAUCGCAAGAAAGGUAUGAAUUUGAUCGAGGAUUCUGUCGUUACUAGUUUUAAGCUUUACAUGAAUGGUGGUUAUCAAAGAAGUAAGGCUGGUCUUCUAGAUAAAUCGUUAGCUUUUGCAGUUGAGAGUAAGGUUAGGGAAAUAAAUCUUAGCAUAUGUGAAGAGAAGGGUUGUUUGUUCUUCUACUGCUUACCUAAAAUAUUAGACAAUGCAAGAUAUUUGACUAUUUUGGAGUUGAAUGGGGUAGAGUUGGAUGGUAGUUCUUUUUCAUUUAAUUUUCCAUCUUUGAAAACUUUGUCAUUGGAAGAAAUUAACCAAUCUGAUACUGCAAAGGAUGAUGUGGUGUUUAAGUUUUUGUUGGGUUGUCCUUCUCUUGAGAAAUUGUGCUUAAUUGAUUAUGAGUUCUUGUGUAUUAAUGAUCAGUUCCGAUUACAAAGCUCGAGUCUCAAGUUCAUGGAACUUUCACUUGUAGACAGUUCUUAUGAAUUGCAAGUUGAAGCCAUUAAUCUCGAAUCUUUGGUACUAGAUGAUUUUUUUUUGGAAAAGUUAAAUAUCUCUUCUUGCAAGAAGAUUAGAACUCUCUCAUUAGCUCUCUGUGAAGCUAAUAGGCCAUCAUUAGAAGUUCUUAUUUCUAAUAUUCCUCUUCUUGAGAAUUUGACUUUCAGCGACUGCAGUCCAUUAUUAGACCAUCUUAAAAUCUCGUGUCAACACUUGAAAAGUUUGAGUUUUGAGAGAAUGUGCCGCUCUUGUGGAUUGAUCCAUGUUACAAUUGUAUCAGCUCCAAGACUAGAAUACUUUUGUUAUAAAGGUCAUAUUGGUUGUAGCAUAUCAAUAGAGUCAUCUAAUACUUUGGAUGGAAAAAUUGUAAUUCAUGACAAGAAGUUGAACUAUGACAUAAAAUGGUUUACCAAUAUGAUGAAUUUUCUUGUGAAACUCAAUUGCUCUUGGAAUAUUGUGACCCUGCAUGUUCACACAUAUAAGGCUCUCAUGUGGCCCGAAAACUUGAAGAACAUAUGUCGUUAUCCCUUGCUUAAUUGGAAGCAUCUCAAAGUUAUUACUGAUUGUAAGCCUGAGAGAGAGUCAGAGUUGAAGGAUGCCUUGUUGUGGAUUUCACCUUCUUUAGAAACAUUAUCUAUUAAUGAAAAAGUCAUAUUUUAGUUGCUUCACAAUAUUGUAACAGCUGAUUAUGAGUAAGGAUGGCUGUCUGUUAUUAGUUUUCUUUGCGAAAGGGUACUUUAGUUCUUUUUGGAGUAGCUUUGUAAUAAAUUUGACUACUUUGCAUAAGAAUGAUUUAAAUCUUUCCUUGUA